AAAACUUGAUGAAUACAAAUCCAGGGCUCCGUUUGUUCUCUUCUUCUCCCCAUCAAAAACCCUAGCAAAGAAGAAUUACUAAUCAAAAGUCAAAACCGCCUUCUUCUUCGUCCCCAAUCGCCAGCUUCCGGAAGGGGAAGAAGCUGCAAGCCUACAAGCUUCCACAAUAUCCAGUUUCCUUUCCAUCAGCCUUCUUCAUCCCUCGCGCCCUUGCCGGUGAGAAUCCAUCAUGGUGAAGAAGAGCAAGAAGAGUAAGAGUAAGAGGGUGACGCUGAAGAAGAAGCACAAGGUUAUCCGGAAGGUGAAGGAGCAUCAUAAGAAGAAGGCCAAGGAAGCUAAGAAGUUGGCCCGUACUGGUAAGAAGAAGGUCGAGAAAGACCCGGGGAUUCCCAAUGAUUGGCCCUUUAAGGAACAGGAGCUCAAGGCCCUUGAAGUUCGUCGUGCUCGUGCUAUAGAGGAACUGGAACGGAAGAAAGCUGAGCGCAAGGAACGGGCUCGAAAGAGGAAAUUGGGCAUACUGGAGGAGGAUGAUACUGCUGUGAUGGAACCUGCGGAGGUGGAUAGGAAGCAGGUGGUUGAAGUCGCAAGAAACCGGGAUAGUUCAGAUAAAGUAUUCUAUAAGGAGUUGGUUAAAGUCAUUGAAGUAUCAGAUGUCAUUUUAGAAGUUCUUGAUGCCAGAGAUCCAUUAGGCACCCGUUGUAUUGAUAUGGAAAAGAUGGUGAUGAAAUCAGGUCCCGAGAAGCAUCUCGUAUUGCUUCUGAAUAAAAUUGAUCUUGUUCCGCGAGAAGCAGUCGAAAAAUGGCUCAAGUACCUGAGGGAAGAGCUACCAGCAGUUGCCUUCAAGUGUAGUACUCAAGAGCAGAGGUCGAAUUUGGGCUGGAAAUCUUCCUCAAAGACAGCAAAACCAAACAAUCUUCUGCAAACAAGUGAUUGUCUUGGAGCUGACACUCUCAUUAAGUUGCUGAAAAAUUACUCUAGGAGUCAUGAUAUCAAGAAAUCCAUAACAGUAGGUAUUAUUGGUCUACCUAAUGUGGGUAAGAGCAGUCUCAUUAACAGUCUGAAGAGAAGCCAUGUUGCAAAUGUUGGUGCCACCCCUGGAUUGACAAGAUCAUUGCAAGAGGUUCAAUUGGACAAGAAUGUUAAAUUGGUAGACUGUCCGGGUGUCGUCAUGCUUAAAUCUCAGGAAAAUGAUGCAUCUAUUGCCCUUCGAAAUUGCAAACGAGUCGAAAAGUUAGAUGAUCCCGUCAGUCCAGUGAAAGAAAUUAUCAAGCGCUGUCCAGAAAGGCUGCUGGUGACACUAUACAAGAUCCCAAGUUUUGAUACAGUUGACGAUUUCCUGCAAAACGUUGCUACAGUAAGAGGGCGGCUAAAAAAGGGUGGUAUAGUUGACAUUGAAGCUGCAGCUAGAAUUGUCCUGCAUGAUUGGAAUACUGGGAAGAUUCCAUAUUAUACCAUGCCUCCAACCAGGAAUCAGGAAGAAGCUUCAGAGGCAAAGAUUGUUUCCGAGCUAGGCAAGGAGUUUAAUAUUGAUGAAGCCUACAAUGGUGAAUCUUCAUUUAUUGGAAGUCUGAAGUCUGUUAAUGACUUCCUUCCUGUUGAAGUUCCUUCAAGCAGCCCCCUCAAUUUUGAUGAGAGCAUGUUAGAGGAAAACCUCGAACCUGAAGCAUCAGGUAGAGCUGAAGAGCGCUCUGACAAAAUGAUGGAAGGUGAAGAUGACGAAGAUAUGGGUACCGACGCUGGAGAUGCCAGCAAGGCGACCAACUCAAAGAAUGCCACCUCCAGACAAAACGAGAAGCUGUAUGCCGUAGAAGGCAUGGUGAACAACAAGAUGAAAAAAGCCGAGAAGAAACGGAGGAAAAAAGCUACCAAAGUGGAUGCCAUGGAUGCCGACAAUGAUGACUAUGACUUUAAAGUUGAUUAUAAGAAGGGUUCAGCCAUGGAUGCCGAUGGAGAAGACGAGGACGAUGAUGGCCACCAGAUAAUAGGAAAGGUGCCAAUGGCUGAUGUUCAGUUUCCGGAUGAUGAGUGAUCGGUUUGAAGGAGAGAGCCACACUAUAAUCUCCUGAGCCCCCUCCUUUUUGAUUUGUUUUUUGAUGGAAAGCACGGCGGGUUUGGCAAUCAAUGAAUGCCUACAGUUUUGAGCGUAUCUAAACCAGCAGACUGCCUUUUUCAGUUCCAUAUUUGUAAUAUGUAUGACUGCAGCCGACCGACCAAUCGAUUUGUUAUUGGUUUUUUCAGCUACCGAUCUAAUCAAGAAGAGAGAUUUGGUUUGGAUAUAUUUUAUUUCAUAUGAAAAAGAGAGUGUGAAUGAAGAAGUUACACACACGGUAGUAACACAACACAACACAACACAACCGAACUACUAUAUAAUUGGAAAGGGAAAAUUGUAGAAGGAAAGACGUUUAAAUAGAUGACGAUGGGGCCGCGGCUGACUGAAGAUGUAAUCCUAGGAAAAAGGUUCAUUCGCCUGUCAACACCUCCACCUCCAAAGUUUGGAGUUCACCAUCAUCAGUUGAUGCCUCAACUACUGAAGUAGUCUGUGCAGCUUCUUGCUUGGCCUUCUUGGCUCUCCCAAUCACAUCUUCCUGCCACAAGAAAAGAUAACAAGGGAACAAGAAUGUCUGCUUAGUCAAAUCCUGCUGUUAAGUUACAACGGGAGGGACUGGAAACGAGAGAGUGAGCGGGAAGCAAGAAGAACAGAGAGAGAGAGAGAGAGAGAGGCAGUGAGGUCGUGGGCUUUACCUGGAAGCCUUGUAUUUGCUUUUGCUGCUCAGAUUGAAGCUUGCCAAUAGUACUCAUAAUCUCGCCGACGGCGGAUUCAACCCGCUCGUUCAGCACUUCCGCUAGAGCCUUCCCCAAGAAGAAGGCAUCCAGUACACUCUUGCUCUCAUUCUCCUCAGAACCGGGGUCGGUGCCGCCGCUGCUGCAUCUCAAGCUGGUUCCGCGGCGCGCUCCGGCGGAACUCAGGGCCAGCUGGGUAUUGCGUUUAGUGAGCUUGAAGGUGGCGAUGGCUGGUUUGGGCAGGGAGCUGGUGGAUUGAGGAAGAAAGGCGCUAAGUAUUUGCGGGGAAGCUGUAACCCCACUCAUUCUCUCCCUCUGGUUUUCCUUGUUACUGCCUCCCGAAUUGGUCUUCUGUCGUGGCUUGUCGCCAUUUUUCGUUCUUGCCUGCUAUUUAUAUUACU